AGUCUCUUCUUCUCCGCAGGAGCGAAUUGCAGACGCACGGAACUUCAUCGCCGAUCGUCAAACUCCACCGCUCGAAGAUGCUCUCAUCUCUCAAAGCCGAAGAGCAGAGCGGCCAGCUGCAGAUGGUGGCGCGAGAAGACAUCGACGACGACGACGGAGGCGACCUGUUCGAAACGAUCGACAGACUUAUAUCUCAGGGAAUAAAUGCUGGAGAUGUGAAAAAACUACAGGAUGCAGGAAUCUACACUUGCAAUGGCUUGAUGAUGCAUACAAGGAAGCACUUAACUGGAAUCAAAGGUUUAUCUGAAGCAAAAGUUGACAAGAUAUGUGAAGCUGCUGAAAGAUAUCAGAAUUUUGGUUAUAUUACUGGAAGUACUGCUCUGCUCAGAAGAAAGUCAGUUGUUCGCAUCACAACUGGAAGCCAAGCUCUUGAUGAGCUUUUAGGCGGUGGUAUUGAAACUCUGGCAAUUACAGAAGCAUUUGGCGAAUUUCGGUCUGGAAAAACACAGCUUGCACAUACUCUGUGUGUUUCUACUCAGCUGCCAACUCACAUGAGAGGAGGAAAUGGCAAGGUAGCUUAUGUCGACACUGAAGGAACUUUUCGCCCUGAUCGAAUUGUACCAAUUGCUGAGAGAUUUGGCAUGGAUCCUGGUGCAGUCCUAGAUAAUAUCAUUUAUGCCCGUGCCUAUACUUAUGAGCAUCAGUACAACUUGCUUCUUGGUUUGGCUGCCAAAAUGUCUGAAGAACCAUUUAGGUUGCUGAUUGUAGAUUCAGUGAUUGCUCUCUUCCGAGUGGAUUUUACUGGAAGAGGAGAACUUGCAGAGCGCCAGCAAAAAUUGGCACAAAUGCUCUCACGUUUGAUUAAGAUAGCUGAGGAAUUUAAUGUGGCAGUGUACAUGACCAAUCAAGUCGUAGCUGAUCCAGGCGGAGGUGUAUUCAUAUCAGACCCAAAGAAACCUGCAGGUGGGCAUGUUCUGGCUCAUGCAGCCACAAUUAGGUUGAUGUUUAGGAAAGGCAAAGGUGAGCAGCGCGUCUGCAAGGUGUUUGAUGCCCCAAACCUACCCGAAGCUGAAGCUAUAUCCUUUUUGCGCCAGAUCUUUCUCUAGUUAUGUACUUCAUUGAAACUUAUCACAUCAUGUUGCAGAGACCAAGUAAAACAUCUAGAAGUCUAUAUCAAAAUCUGUGAGAAAGUCGAUACUGAGUCUACAUAGAGAGGUGGAGACCUGAUUUAAGCAUGAUAUUCACAGUAUACUUGAUGUUGCAUGGACAUCCAUGAACAUAUAUGUGAAUUUUGUGCAGAGGAAUUAAACAAAAAGAAGUGGAUAUGAGAAUUUUUCCAAUUAUUACUGGUAGACUAGCUGUGCAGGUUGUGCUGCGUAGACGAUGCACACCAUCCCUUGAUAUUGUCAGAAAAUUUAGCAAGAGCUCAUCUCUCUAUAAGAUGAGACUGGGAUUUAUUCCAUCUACGUUAAACUUGACGAACACAAGUUUUCCAGAUUACACCAGGAGGCAUUGCUGAUGCAAAGGACUAAAGAAGUCUCUCCAACCAGGAAGGCGGGCAAAGCGCUUUUUUUUUUCCCCUUUUCUUUGUGUUAAUCUGCAAUUUGAUAUUAGUCAUUGUAUAGACAGCUUCCUUUAUCUUCUUUUGCAUCCUAACCUUCGAUAUGCAGGGUGACAUCUGUCCAUCGUCACCUUCAGCAUUGCAGCAUUGCUAGAAGCAGAUAAUGAGCUCCCAAGAACCUGUUCAUUUCCUUUCUCUACAACACUUUGUCACCCUGGUCAUUACUGUCCCUAAGUUUCAUGUGCUUGACAACAAACCAUUCAUGAAUGACAUGAAAUACUUUCUCUAACUG